UCAUGAAUGGUAGAGCUCCUCAGCACUAAUCCUUAUGAAACCGUGUUUUAAAAAUUUAUUUGGCCCCAUAUGAAAUUGAGGGCCCCUGUAACCACCUUGGCCCCCUGAUAAAAUACUUCUUCGCCCUUUCUAGGCUGGGAUGGUGCGCAUGCGCAUGCGGGGCGCGCUGCAGGGCGCAUGCGCAACACUUUUGCAUAAAAGGCUGAUGCUUCCGGGGCGCACUUUCGCGCGAUGUGUUCCUGGCUGCUUCUGCUGUCGCUGCUGUCUAACCCGUGGCUCGCGCUAGGGAAUGGGCAUACUACUAGCAUGGUCCAACUGCCAGGUGGGAGAUUCCAGAUGGGAACAAAUUCUCCAGAUGGCAGAGAUGGUGAAGGACCUGUCCGGGAGGUGACAGUAAAACCCUUUGCAAUUGACAUAUUUCCUGUCACCAACAAAGAUUUCAGGGAGUUUGUUAGGGAAAAAAAAUACCGGACUGAAGCUGAGAAGUUUGGGUGGAGCUUUGUCUUUGAGGACUUUGUCUCUGAAGGACUUAGAAACAAAGCAGCGCAGCAUAUGAAGUCUGUUCUCUGGUGGUUCCCGGUGGAAAGGGCAUUCUGGAGGCAGCCUGCAGGUCCUGACUCUGGCAUCCGAGAGAAACUGGAAUUCCCCGUGGUACACGUGAGCUGGAAUGAUGCUCGUGCCUACUGUGCGUGGCGGGGGAAACGGCUGCCCACUGAGGAAGAAUGGGAGUUUGCUGCCCGAGGGGGCUUGAAGGGUCAGGUUUACCCUUGGGGAAACCGGUUCCAGCCAAACCGCACCAACCUGUGGCAGGGAAAGUUCCCCAAAGGCGACAAGGCUGAGGAUGGCUUCCAUGGAGUCUCCCCAGUGAAGGCAUUCCCCCCACAGAAUAACUACGGGCUCUAUGACCUCAUGGGCAACGUGUGGGAGUGGACAGCUUCGCCUUACCAGCCUGCUGACCAGGACAUGCGUGUCCUUCGGGGGGCAUCCUGGAUCGACACAGCUGAUGGCUCUGCCAAUCACCGAGCCCGGGUCACUACCAGGAUGGGCAACACUCCAGAUUCAGCCUCAGACAACCUAGGCUUUCGCUGUGCUUCCGAUGCAGGCCGACCCCAUGGGGAGCUGUGAGCAGCCAUGUGGAGACAAGAAGAGUCCCUGUGGUACCCUUGUCCCUCCCUGGCCACACUCCAAACACAGCUAGGCGCUUCAGCUUCAGCCCCAGAAAUGCCUCCCUUCCCUUCCCCAGCCUCUCUGUGCCAGGAACCUCUCACCAUGGUAAAGGAGGUCUCUGCCCUCAGAGGAGGGGUGCCAUUGUCUCUUAGGAGAGGAGGCCUGACUUACUGAUUGUGGCUGGGAGCCGAGUGUUUCUCUUUGAGGUCAAAUAUUAACCAUGUGAGGACCAAUACUCAGUUAGGACAGAGUACCCUGAAAGACAGCUGGUUAAAGAAUUUAAUUUUGUUCCCUUUUCUCCCUGUCUCAUCCAAGGAUCUGACAGUCUUUUACAGGCCAGAAUUUUCCCCUACUCACUUUGCUUUCCCACGUAAAAGUACCAGGAAAACACCUCAUUUGUCUCCUUAGUAGAGUUUCAAAUACCUCUGAAGGAACCUAAUUUCCAUUAUUUGUAUGUAAGUAACAUGUAUGUAAGUACAAUGUUAGUAUUAAAAGGGUACAGGAGUACUGAAUGAUUUACCAGGUGAAAUUGCAUUAUGGAAGUUACUGAGUAAAUAAUACUCCAGAAAGACAUAUAUCAGCAGCUUUUCUUUCUAUUGUUAAUUACAUAAGGGAUUCAUUACCUCUCAGAACAUCCCUGGAGAAGAAUCUUCUCCCAUGGUGUCUGGAUGUCAUGAUGUCUAGUCAGAUCUGUCAUUGUGUAUCUCAAGCCAUUUGACUCUCUUCCCCUCCACUCUGCCACCCCAGGGGAAGUGGAUUGAGUGCCAGUAACUCAGGGCUCCCAAAGGAGAAAUAACAGUGGCACAGUGGGGAGGUGGGGAAGCAGGAGGGCUCUCGACUCUUUGGCGGGGUCUGGCCCCAGCUCUAGGCACCUGCUCAACAGUCCUACACACCGUCUUACUCCUUUGUCUUAAAUUUCGUGGCUUCCUCUGCCUGCCU